CUCAAAGAAGACCCAGAUGUUAAGAUCAAACUUAAAAUCCAAUCUUUAAUAUAUCCUGCCCUUCAGGCUCUUGAUAUGGAUUUGCCAUCAUACAAGGAACAUUCACACUUUCCAUGUCUACCCAAAUCACUUAUGGUCAGGUUCUGGAGUGAAUACUUUACCACAGAUAAAUCACUUGAAAAAGCCAUGCUCUUCAAUCAACACGUACCAGUGGAAUCAAGCCAUCUGUUCAAGUUUGUUAAUUGGAGUUCCUUGCUUCCUGAGAAGUUCAGAAAAGGACAUGUUUAUAAUAGUCCAACUCAUGGUAGCUCCAAGCUAGCUAAAAAAUAUCCAGGGUUCCUAGAUGUGAGGGCAGCCCCGCUGCUGGCUGAUGACAACAAGUUGCGUGGUUUACCCGUGACCUAUGUCAUCACUUGUCAAUAUGACGUUUUAAGAGAUGAUGGAGUCAUGUAUGUCACUCGACUUCGGAAUGCUGGAGUUCAAGUGACCCAUGACCACAUUGAGGAUGGAUACCAUGGAGCAUUUUCCUAUGAUGGAUUUAAAAUUGUGUACAGAAUAGAAAAUCUGUAUAUGAGUUGGCUACGUGAAAAUCUGUAGUGAAAA